GAGCGGAGGCUGAGCGCGGCGCGGACGGAAUGGUUCCUGGAGACAGCAGCAUGAGCUCCCUGGUGCAGAGGAUAGCCCGGCAGGCACUGGUCACCUUCAGGAACCCGCCGAGGAUCGGAGAGGAGGCGGGAAGGUCUUUCCUGGAGAACCACGGCCAGCUCAAGAGCCUCAUGUCGGAGGUGAGCGCGGCGGAUCUGAAGCUAGUCCCGCCAAAGGCGGACAGCUCAGGCGGGACGUCCCCGGCGCGCUCCUACCAGCCCCCGGUCACUUACAUGCACAUCUGCGAGACGGACCACUUCAGUAUGGGCAUAUUUCUGCUCAAAAGCGGCACCUCCAUCCCCCUGCACGACCACCCGGGCAUGUACGGCAUGCUCAAAGUGCUCUACGGGAAGGUCCGGAUCAGCUGCUUCGACCGGCUGCAGCGGCCCAGCCCUCCCCAGGCCCACACGGACUCUCUGCGGCUGUCGGUGCUGCGCUCCACGGGGGAGUUCACCCCGGAGAGCGGGCCCUGUGUGCUCUAUCCCGACCGGGACAACCUCCAUCAGAUAGACGCUGUGGACGGUCCCACGGCGUUUAUGGACAUCCUGGCCCCGCCGUACGACCCGGAUAACGGCAGAGACUGUCACUACUACACGGUCCUGACAGAAGCCGAGGGUCAGGGCGCGGGCCAGCCGGGACAGGAGAUGUGGCUCCGGGAGAUCUCUCAGCCCGCGGACUUCUGGUGCGGGGCAGAGUCGUACCCCGGGCCGCAGGUCUACCUCUGAUCCAGCGGCCCCUCUCCUCUGGGUCUGCUGUAUUCUCUGCACUGGUCACGGUCAUGAUGAAACUGUGAGGCAUUUCAGCUUGUAGCUAAUUAUCAGAAAUAAUGAAUGUAUUGGCCUUUUCCCGAAUGGGAACUUUACAGAUAAUGUUGUGACUUUGGAAAUCACUUCUGUCAUGAAGCUCAAACAACUCCCUGCAGUUUAAUAAUAACACGGUCUAAUUUAACCUUUACCACAUCUGAUCUGUAGGUUUAAAAUCACAUAGAAGUCUCCUUUAGUAUGUGCUUGGAUUGGCUCCUGUGAGUGUCUGGACAGAGGCGGACCCUACGUCAGAGGGACCAGAGGGAGAUGAGGCUGUGACCUCAAAGUGAACUACUACACUAUGCUUCCACCUGCUUACUACUACUACUACUACUACUAUUCAAACUACUGCUCCUGCUGCUCUCCUGCUGACUGCUCGCUCCUGCAGGUGAAAUUGAAUAACCCAGGUGUGAUUACUCUUGGACAAACAAAGCCCGGAGGUGGACGGGAGCUUCCGGAGUGGAGAGUUCUGCUGUACAGGAUAUUGGUGUCAUAAAUGAAACAACACGACUCGGCGGCUCUGUGACAACAGACUCAAACGAAGGGAAAAUUCCUGUAUGAUUUUGCACCUUAUAUUACCCUAUGGAAGGAGUCGUGAUUUCAAUAAAGUAGGGCAGCGACCAAACAUGGAUCUGUAGAUGAGUGUUUUUGAUGAGUUGAUUUUAGCCUAGAUUCAGACAUCACAACAUUCUAUAGACCAAUACUAUUUAACACAGAUGGACAUAGCUCAAAUGAAUAUUGUUCAAAUGCAGCUUUUUGUUGUAAUUCAUUGAGUUCUUGAGUCUAGUCACUAAUAGAAAUGAUCAGGGUCAACAUUUGUGCAUUUAUAUUUUGGAGACUUUAUGGCAAAGUACAAUAUAACCAAUGGGAAAAACUGCCUCUUGCCCCUCAUCUGGGAGUAUGACAUAAUCAUAUUGGUGAGAGAAGUACUUAAUUUUGUUACUUAAGUAAAAGUACAGAUACAGAGGCUAAAAGUUACUUAAGUAAAAGUAUCACAUGAAGAAAUCUACUUAAGUAAAAUUAUUUAAGUACUGUUUAAAAAUGUACUUAAAGAGUAAGAAGUAGUAGUAAAGUAUUUCACACAAGUGUUGUUAAUUUGUUAAAAGUGUAAAUCUAGUGAUACUGUUUUAAAAAAAUAUAUACAUAUUUUGACCAACAAAUCAAUUUCUUAGUUUUUGUUAUGAAUUUUGUGUGUUUAUUUUUUGGUAAAAAAUAACCCCUGAAAUCAUAUGAAAAGUACUUUUUACUUUUCAGGCCUGUUCAAAAAUGUAGUGGAGUAGAAAGUUCAGAUACCUGCUCUCAAAUGUAGUAAAGUAAAAAUAAAAAGUAUCCACUGUAAAAUUUUACUUCAGUAAAGUUCAGGUACCUACAAAUUUUACUCAAGUACUGUACUUUACAUGUACUUUGUUAAGCUCCACCGCUGAUUUCUAGAAUCUGAAAACUACCAGUUUGUCACUUUAACCCUUUAAUUUUAUGUCUUUUAUUUUUAUUAUUUCAUCAAAUUCACAGCUCUUAAGCACUCUUAUUACAAAUGAAUCCUGUACUUGAUCAGUUUGCCAUUAAAUCUAUUCUAAAGUUAAGCUUAAGGUUCACUUUAUCGUCCCCCGUAAUGAAAGUCUUCCUCUGAAUUUGACCCAUCCUUCAGUGACAGGAGCAGUGGGACUCGUCUCCAGAUCUUGAGCUAGUCUUGGGGUGAUGGGGGAGACCGGAGUGCCUGGAGGAAACCCACCCAGACAUCGGGAGAACAUGCAACCUCUACACAGAAAGGCCCGGAUCACUGGGGAGUCAAACCCACAACCUUCUUCCUAUGAGGGGAGAGUGCUAAAUAUAAUGGUAGUGCUGCACAAUAUUGGAAAGUGUUGUG